GUGUCAUAUUGCAGAAACAUCCCUCUUGUGUUCCCCCUGUGAAUCUGAAGCAGGACAUUUUAGAAGAUGCAUGAACAAGAUGACAAAAUAAAUCCUCAAAUUCUAUAUGACUUCCUCCACUUUCUGAAGGUUAAUUAUGCUAUACACAGACGUCAUUGAUCUCAUGUUCAGCGGACAAAACUACAACUUGCAGAUAAUUGCUCCGGGGUACUUUGAGAUCAAUACUGUGCCAACAUAUCAGGGCUGUAUUGGAAAGUCUCUGUAUGGGUGAUUGCUUGCUCCAUCAAUCUGAGCCAUUUCCUAGUUGCUGCCCUGCCCUGCUCCUCUUUGUGUGGGAAGAGUACCAGCCAAUUGAAGCAGACAUUUUCCUCUCAUUGUCAAGUCCUUUCAGGCUUUUUAAACAAAAAAAAAACACCCAAGCUGCUGGGGGAAGUUUUUAGAAGUCAUUUUACAGACCAAUGGAGUCAUCAGUCUGAGUGGUUUGGGGUCUAUGGAUAUCCUCUGGGGACCGGAAAGGCAGGCUCCUCGCCUUUGAUGCAACAUCAGGACCGACCGACCGCGAUCGUAGAUGAUGGUAAGGAGAUGGUGGUGGUCACAGGAUGCUCUCGAGGAGGUGGAGAUAGCAAAGGAGGGUGGUGGGACUCUAGCACUGCAUUUUACUGGUUUCUCUGGUCGCACGGUGGGCGGAAAAUUAUUUUCAGCGUCUCCUUAAGAUUUCUGGAUGUUUUCUGAUAGUUAAGUUUUGAUUCUUCAAAAAUACAGACAGAGAAACUUGAUCCAUAUUGAAAGAGUCAUCCAGGAGGCCAUGUCAGGCAGUCCAGAGAACAUCCCCCUGGGAGAGUGCACCCUCUCCCAGUCCAGGGACCAGCUGACGCCCCCGAGCCGCACAGAGAGCACCGUGUUCAGCAUGUCCCGCAGCGAUUCCGUCUGGACCACUGAGACGUCUCGCAGCAGUAAGUGUGAAGAAUUCUGGUUCGCCAUCCACCUAAUGUCCACCGGGGGCAGCUUCCUGGCAUGCGGCAUCAUCAUCAGCGGCCUCUGGUUCGCUGGCCACUGCAGGAAGGUGACAAACAUCCUGGGACCGGCCCUGCUGUCCAUCGGGCUGAUGGUCUUCGUGGUGGGCGUGGUCCUGAUCCCAGUCACCAAGCAGAACAGGAAGCAGAAUAUAAAGAAGCCCAUGACUUACUACAGGCAACCCCAGUUCAACCUGUGAUGUUUGGAGGCCAUUCAAAAUAAGAAACUUUAACUUUAAGAGCACGCUGGAUUGACAUUUUUCAGCAUGGGAGCCUCUAUUAAGGACUAUGUGUGGUGACGUUUAUGUUUUAUUUCUCCAGGAUUGACAACACUAAGUGCUUAUCUCAAGUGUGCAUGAUAACAUUUGCAUUAAUAACCAUGGCUGUGGGGAAAAGAAGGUGAGAGCACAAGGACAACAAUGUGCUGCAAUUAUUCACACACAAUUUAGCGAGAAGGAUUCUAGAAAGCAAACUGUCCUCAAAGAAUAUUCAUGAGGGAAAAGUGGGCAAGGGGGAUUUCCUAAUGCUGUGUGGUGCAGUGUAUGCCCAUUCAUGAAUAAUUAAAGGUUUUGAGAGCUCAUAA